AAACCUCUUUCAAACCGUACCUAAUAUAAAAACGAAAUGGUGGAUGGGUUGGCUUCGCCGUCGACAACGGGGGAUAAGCACGCAUGGUUCUGCAUUAACAGUAAUCAAGAUUCAAAUAUCCGGCAUCUCGCGAGGCAGACACCGUUGCAUUCUUCUUGCUUCCGCUAAAUUCUCCUCUCCUCCUUCAUGCAUCAGUCACAACCCUAUUAGGAAUCAUGUCCAGAGUCACUGGCAAUGCCGUUCCUCACCCCCAACUCACUCGCCGUCCUGGUCGAAACCGCCGUUUCCGCUCAUUCUUCUCUCUCCGGCCGAGCCGCCCACGCCUGCAUCGUCAAGACCUUCCCCACUCCCUUCCCUUCCUUCCUCUCCAACCAUCUCGUCAACAUGUACUCCAAGCUGGGCCUCCUCGACUCGGCCUCGCUCGUCCUUUCCCUCACCCCCGCCUCGUCCCGCUCCGUCGUCACCUGGACUGCCCUCAUCGCCGGUUCCGUCCAGAACGGUUAUUUCGCUUCCGCCCUCCUCCAGUUCUCCGACAUGUGCCGCGAGUCCAUCCUCCCCAAUGACUUUACAUUCCCCUGUUUGUUCAAGGCGUGCGCGUCGCUCUUCCAGCCGGUGACCGGAAAACAGCUUCAUGCGCUCGCAGUAAAGGCUGGUCAGAUUGCCGAUGUUUUUGUGGGGUGUGGCGCCUUCGACAUGUACUGUAAAACGGGUCUCAGAGAAGACGCUUGUAAGCUGUUUGAUGAAAUGCCUGAACGGAACAUUGUAACAUGGAAUGCUUUUAUUACUAACUCGGUCCUGGAUGGCCGACCCCAAAAGGCAAUCGCUGCAUUUAUUGAGUUUCGGAAUGUGGACGGGGAACCCAAUUCAAUAACGCUGUGUGCAUUUCUCAAUGCGUGUUCUGAUGCUUCAUAUCUCCAGCUUGGGCGACAGCUGCAUGGGUUUGUAAUUCGAUGUGGGUUUGAGGCGGAUGUUUCAAUUACAAAUGGGCUCAUUGAUUUUUACGGAAAGUGUCAGCAGGUUGAAUCUUCCGAAAUGAUUUUUGUUGACAUCUUUAAGCCUAAUGAUGUUUCUUGGUGCUCAAUGGUGGCUGCGUAUGUUCAAAAUGACGAGGAAGAGAAGGCUUGCAUGAUCUUCCUGCGCUCUAGGAAAGAAGGCAUUAAGCCUGCUGAUUUCAUGAUUUCAAGUGUUCUUAGUGCUUGUGCGGGGCUUGCUGGACUUGAAUUGGGCAGGUCAGUUCAUGCCCUGGCUGUGAAGGCGUGCGUAGAGUGGAAUAUAUUUGUGGGAAGUGCACUUGUUGACAUGUAUGGAAAAUGUGGAAGCAUAAAGGAUUCAGAGAGGGCCUUUGAUGAGAUGCCAGAGAGGAAUUUAAUUACUUGGAAUGCAAUGAUAUGUGGGUAUGCACAUCAAGGGCAUGCAGACAUGGCUGUGGUCUUGUUUGAGGAAAUGACAUCUGGCAUUUGCGAGGUAGUACCGAAUUAUGUCACACUGGUCUGCAUAUUAUCGGCAUGCAGUAGGGCUGGGUCAGUCAAGGUGGGUAUGGAGAUUUUUGAGUCAAUGAGAGAAAGGUAUGGGGUUGAACCUGGUGCAGAGCAUUAUGCGUGUGUUGUGGACCUGCUGGGGCGAGCUGGGAGGGUAGAGGAUGCUUAUGAGUUCAUAAAGAAAAUGCCAAUUCGCCCAACAAUUUCAGUUUGGGGAGCUCUUUUAGGAGCUUGUAGAGUUUAUGGAAAGCCAGAGCUGGGAAAGGUAGCCGCUGAUAGUCUAUUUGAACUAGAUCCACAUGACCCUGGCAAUCAUGUGCUGCUUUCAAAUAUGUUUGCAGCUGCUGGCAGAUGGGAGGAAGCUAACCUUGUGAGGAAGGAUAUGAAAGAUGUGGGAAUUAAAAAGGGAGCAGGAUGCAGUUGGAUCACCGUAAAAAAUGCAGUUCAUGUCUUCCAAGCGAAGGAUGCCUCCCAUGAGAAGAAUGCUGAGAUUCAGGCAAUGCUUGCGAAGCUGAGGAGGGAGAUGACGGCAGCUGGCUACAUACCUAACACCAAUUUCGCUCUCUAUGAUUUGGAAGAUGAAGAGAAAGAAGCAGAAGUUUGGUACCACAGUGAGAAAAUUGCCCUUGCCUUUGGCCUUAUAUCAAUUCCCCCUGGAGUCCCUAUUAGGAUCACGAAAAAUCUAAGGAUCUGUGUAGAUUGCCAUAGUGCCAUUAGGUUCAUCUCAGGCAUUGCUGCCAGAGAAAUUAUUGUAAGAGACAAUAAUCGGUUUCAUCACUUCAGGGAUAAUCUGUGCUCUUGUGGAGAUUAUUGGUGAUCAUUUAAAUUUUUUAACAUUUUUUUUUUCAUGAUUUAGAAUCCCAAAAACACUUGUCCUAUAAUUGAAAUUGUAGCUACAGAAUUUUAGUGGAAAAAAAGAGAGAGAUACAAUUCCUAGUU